AUGGACAAAUCUCGCAAGUCUCUGCCCGGAUUCGCCAUCUCACCCACCGACGAUGAGCACUGCCAAGAGGCGGGCUUCUUUGUGGACAGCCAACCGAUGGGCAGCACUUUGUCAGGGACUUUUGGCGGUCGGCAACUCGGCAAAACCUGUCGUCAACCGGUCUCGUCUCCGCCCACGUUGCGUUCUCAAAAGCAGCGGCACCGAGGGGAGGAGGAGCAGUUGUCGUUGAGCGGCAGUCCAAACGGAGGGGGAGCGUCAAGUCAUCAGUUGGACGACAGAACGGACGGACGAACAAGGCAGAAUGCCCGGACGGUACCGAUGCGAAACGGAGAGAAGCGAGGCAGCGCAGGCUCCGGUACCGGCGCAUCUGGAGGUGGGGCCCUAGCGACGACCGAGGCGGCUGUCUAUGCGGGUUGGUCGCGUCGUUCCAUGCUCUAG